UUACUCCUCCGGGCCGCACGCGUGCGUUACGCAACAGAACUGCAGGUUUUUGGCGGGGAUAUAGGCGCCGUUUUUUCGGUAUAAAAACCAUGCACUACCAAUGGUCGACAUCACACCAUCCUGUGUUCUCCAAAGGCAAACAUGAAGGUCUUCAUCCUCCUUUCGCUCUCCGCCGUCGCUCUGGCCAGCCUCGAGCCGGCUGGAUAUCGUCCUCCAGGAUCUGCUUCUCCAUCGGCCAGGUACCUGCCUGCCAACCCCGUUUCGAACCAGUACCUUCCGGCCAGCCGACACUCUUCUAACUCGAUUUCGAACCAGUACCUUCCGGCCAGCCACCACUCUUCUAACUCAGUAUCGAACCAGUACCUUCCGGCCAGUCGGUACUCGUCAGCACCUUCAAACCAGUACCUGCCUGCCAACCAGUGGAGCCAAGUGUCCGCUGCAGCUCCUUCGAACCAGUACCUUCCGGCCAACAAAUACGGAUCGGCUGCCAUUGAGGCUCCUGUCAACCAGUACCUUCCGGCUGCACCUUCGUCCUCGGCGCCAUGGGCCAGCUCUGUGUCCUCUGUGUCAUCACCUUGGGCCAACUCAGCAUCUUCUUCAGCGUCCCGCUGGAGCGCCCCGUCAAGCCAGUACCUUCCGGCUGCUCAGAACAGCGUCCACAAGUCGUCGAUAAGCGUGCCUUCCAGCGUUUACCUUCCGGCAAGCAGCCAUGGAUCGUCUUCCAGCUACUCGUCCCACAGCAGCGCAGCUCCGUCGAGCCAUUACCUGCCAGCGAAUGCUGGGUACCGUUACGCCCAUCAGGAUGACGAAUCUGUGCCGGCUAAGUAUGAGUUCGAGUACGAAGUCAAGGAUGAACCCUCAGGCAAUGACUUUGGACAUCACGAGAGCCGCGACGGUGACAACACUCAGGGAGUCUACACCGUCGUUCUUCCCGAUGGACGCAAGCAGAUCGUACACUACGAGGCUGACCAGGAGGGAUACAAGCCCAGGAUCUCGUACGAGGAACCCAAGCAGGGAUACAACAGCGGAUACAACCGUCAGGGUGGAUACGCUCACGGACACCCGCAGGGACCCUACUAAGGGAUUUGAAUCGGGAUUGGAUUAUGUGCCAGUAACAACGACGACCUAGCGAUCUAGAUCUUUAUAUUCGCGUGCUUAUUACGUGUGCGUUUUUGUAAUCGAUAUUACGAUUCGCGCACGGCUUAUUUCUACCUUGUGUAAAUUAUUUUUGUAAUAAAAAGAAUGAAUUUGAUUUGAUAA